AUGGCAGGUGCUGCAGGAGGCCAGUUGUUGCAAGAGUCGCCGACGUGGGCGAUCGCCACCGUGUGCGCGGUCUUCAUUGUUCUAUCCGUCUUCAUCGAACAAUGCAUUCAUUUUCUGGCCAAAUGGUUCAAGAAGAAUCAGAAGAAGGCCAUGAUGGAAGCAUUGGAGAAAAUUAAAGCCGAGCUUAUGCUGCUAGGUUUCAUAUCUCUAGUGCUCACCGUGAGUACAGGCGUCCUUUCAAAGAUAUGCAUCCCUGCUAGUUAUGGCAAAACCAUGCUUCCGUGCGAGUUCAAUCACGGAAACAAGGACGACGAUGACGAUCAUGACCACGACCAUGAUCAUGACAAGAGAAAGCUUCUUUCCCUCGCCACGGACAUGAUGUGGCGCCGAUCUUUAGCGGCUUCCACCUCGGACGAUUACUGCUCCAAGCACGGGAAGAUAUCGUUGAUCUCUCCGUCAGGGCUGCAUCAGCUGCACAUCUUCAUUUUUGUCCUGGCCGUCUUUCACGUUCUCUACAGCGUCGUCACGAUGGCACUAGCGAGGGCCAAAACGAAGAAGUGGAAGGCUUGGGAAGCAGAAAGCUCAUCUCUGGAAUACAUAUAUACUCAUGAUCCGGAGAGAUUCCGAUUCACUCAUCAGACUUCUUUUGUGAUGCGUCACUCCGGCUUCUCAAAAGUCCCUGGAAUCAAAUGGAUCGUUGCUUUCUUUAGGCAAUUUUCCGGAUCGGUAUCGAAGGUCGACUACUUGACGAUGCGCCAUGGCUUCAUCAACGCCCAUCUGGCUCCUAAUAGCAAAUUCAAUUUUCACAAGUACAUCAAGAGGUCUAUGGAAGAUGAUUUUAAGGCCGUCGUGGGAAUCAGCUUCCCACUGUGGAUCUUCGCUAUUCUGUUCCUGCUGCUGAACGUAUACAAAUUGUACGCGCUCACCUGGCUAUCGUUGGCUCCACUUCUCAUAAUUCUUUCAGUGGGCACAAAGCUUCAAGUGAUCAUCAUGGAAAUGGCUCAAGAUAUCCAGGACAGGACCAGUGUAGUCAAAGGAGCUCCACUUGUCGAGCCACACGACAAGUUCUUCUGGUUUAAUCGGCCUCAGUGGUGUCUUCUUUUGAUCCAUUUCACUUUAUUUCAGAACGCCUUCCAGAUGGCAUUUUUCUUAUGGACUUGGUCGGAGUUCGGGUGGAGAUCAUGCUUCCAUGAGAACGUGGGAGCUAUUUUGACUAGGGUUCUUCUUGGGUUGGCACUUCAAUUCUUGUGCAGCUACAUCACCUUCCCUCUCUAUGCUCUAGUCACCCAAAUGGGGUCACACAUGAAGAAGGCAAUCUUCGAGGACCAAAUGGCCAAGGCCCUAAAGAAUUGGCACAAGGAAGCCAAAGAGAGGAGCAGGCAGCUCAAGAUGGCUGGGCUCGGAGGAGAUGGCUCCUCCACAUCAUCACCAUCUUCGCCACCAUCAACCAUGGGUCACAAGCACCAAGCUAGUAAUGGCAAAAGCCUUCCUAUCUCGCCAAUGUCCGAUCACCCAUCAUCUUCUUCAGAUAAGGAUCGGCUCUCGAGUCUGCGGAUACAUUUGGAUGAGCCCAUAAGAAAGACCCACCAAGCAAGCACCAAUGCAGAGUCGCACAGCAUUGAGUUCUCCUUUUCGUCGAGCCCUAACAAUUAGAUCUUCUUUGUUCUUGAUCUGUAUGAUUAGAUAAGGUUUGCCAUUUGGUUAUUAAUUCAUUAUGAU